UUGCUUUUCCCUGUCGCAGCUGUCGCCAUCGCGUGAGCGCGUGCGAGAGAGAGUGUGUGUGUACGUUUUCGCGAGCAGAGAAGUUUCGGGGGCGAAAACAUUCGCCUCCGUUUUGUGUCCCAGUGCGCCGUGUUUCGGUGUUUUUUUGUUGUCGGUGAAAGUGCGCGUCAUUAAAGUGUGCACUUAGGAACGCACGCGUUACACGACAGACGUCUGAGGUUGAACUGCAAAAAUGGCCCCUAACGCAACGGUUGAGGCUACGGGCGUUCUGAACGAGAUUGAUGCCGAAACGAUCGACGGAGGACUGGCAAAGGAUGUGACCCCGCUGAAGCGUGCCGAAAAGCGCAAGAUCAAGCUGGUCUGGAGAAAUGUGCUUGCCUUUGGCUACCUUCAUUUGGCCGCCGUUUACGGCGUCUGGUUAAUGUUGACCUCGGCCCGACUUUACACCAUCGGUUUCGCAUUUAUCCUAUACGUGGCAUCCGGAUUGGGCAUUACCGCCGGUGCGCAUCGUCUGUGGGCGCAUCGAUCCUAUAAGGCGAAGCUUCCGUUGCGCAUCAUAUUGGCCGUGUUCAACACGAUUGCGUUCCAGGAUUGCGCGUUGCAUUGGGCCCGCGAUCACCGGGUGCACCACAAGUACUCGGAAACCGACGCUGACCCGCACAACGCGACCCGUGGCUUCUUCUUCUCGCAUAUAGGCUGGCUGCUGUGUCGCAAGCACCCGGAAGUCAUCGCGAAGGGCAAGCAGCUGGACAUUUCCGACCUGGAAAGUGACCCCGUGUUGCGCUUCCAACGCAAGCAUUACAUGAUCCUGAUGCCGCUAGCCUGCUUCGUGCUGCCUACGAUUGCUCCGGUGUACUUCUGGAAUGAAAGCUGGACAAACGCGUGGUUUGUUGCCACUCUGUUCCGCUGGACAUUCAUUUUGAACGUGACUUGGCUGGUCAACAGCGCUGCCCACAAGUGGGGUGAUAAGCCGUACGAUAAGAGCAUUUCCCCGUCGGAGAACCGCACGGUGGCUUCGUUCGCUUUUGGCGAGGGUUGGCACAACUAUCAUCAUGUGUUCCCGUGGGACUACAAAACGGCUGAGCUGGGCAACUACCGGAUGAAUCUGACAACGGCAUUCAUUGAUUUCUUCUCUAAGAUUGGCUGGGCGUACGAUCUCAAGACCGUCUCGAAGGAAAUCGUAGAAAAGCGUGUGAAACGCACGGGCGACGGUAGCCACGCGACCUGGGGCUGGGGCGAUAAGGAUCAGGAUCAGUACGAGGUGAAACACGCAACCAUCAUCAAUCAGAAAGAGGAUUAAACUUAUGGCGCGGAUGAAGGAAGAACAUUCAUUCAAAGGAAGGAAGCUAAAUUUGCAAAAGGUUCACUUGAAGCGUAUAGCGAGUAGCAAGAUGAAUCCGAGAGGAGAGAGAAAGAGAAAGUAAGACGAGUGAUAAAAUUUGGGACACGGUGUGAUAGAAGGGAAAUCGAAUGAAACCCAAUGCAGGGCAACCGUUGUAGUUUGAUAAAAGAUGGAUGGCGGUAAAAGGAAGUGCUUAAACUAAAUGUUCUCGAAGUCAAGGGCCAAAACAUCGAAAGACAGGCAGAUUGUGUUACGUACACGCGAUAACAAAUAUCAUCCCCUACAACUCUUAUCCGUUGGGAGUUCAUUAAUAGAAACGGGCAAAUGCAUACAUGCGGCCGUAGAAAGGCUUAUAUUUUUUUGGUACAGGUACGCCACAAAACGCGUACAACACAGUAACAGAAAGAAGCACAGCAUUUUGGUGAUUGUUUUGCUCUGGCCGUACACAACGAAAUCACUUUGCGUGUCACUGAAAAUCUGAGUGUCCUCGGCUCGGAGACAGAGAGAGAGAGAGAGAGAGAGAGAGAGAGAGAGAGUAACUUAGUUUGAUUACUUUAGGCAACUUCUUUCGUCAGUACAAACUUGUUUUGUUUUGCAGACUCGGAUUUACAUGCAGAAAGGAUGAGAUAAAAGUGGUGUAAAAUAUGUCAAGCCUGUCUUGAAGGUUUUUUUCUGCUAAGUCAUGAAGCUGAUACCUGAUGCAGGAUCGUCAAUAAGACCAUGGCAAAUUUGAAAGAGUUUUGUACACUGCACUUGGUUACGAGAGCCGAUUCUGUUUUUCAAUGAGAGAGCUGAACAAAGAGUAGUCAGCACAUUUAUUCCAUCAUGAAUGGUAGGCCCCUUGCGGGGAUGAUGCCCGCACACAGUUCAUAGGAAUGCUAGUGAAUUUUCCAGUAUAGUUAGUGUGGAACAUUUUGGUUAAAUAGUUGGUAUGGUUUCAAUGCAAAAUCUGAGGCCGUUAUGGAGCGAAGUUUCGAUUUCAAUUUACGUAAUUUUAAGUUAGUAAUUUAUUGUUUCCCUGAUCCCUCCGCGAGGGCACACACAUGAUUUUCGUAUAUAAGGAUUCUUCUAUUGGCAAAAAAUAUGGUGUCUUUAUAACGGGGGCUCAGAUUACUAGGUCCUAUGGCAAGGCGAUCUUAGGAUGAUAUCCCACACAAGUCGAGCAUUGAGAGGAAGUUCGUAUUAGUCGGUGGAAGGUCACGUACAACUGAAUUGAAAUUAGAAGCGUAUAAAACUUGUGCAUCUUGUUUGUGUAAGCAAUCAUUAUCGUCCAGAAUAGAAACAAAUCAGCCGUUGCUGCAACACGACGACGGUGGCCACGGAUAAACGGCUUUCCGCGUUUGACUAAGCGGACUCAGGAAGUGUUGUGUCGCAAGUGAUAGCUGUAAAAUUUUUAAAAAUAUCGUUUUUUUGGUUUUACUGUGUCGGCGGUGUACGGAAGGGGUAAGCGUUUCCGAAAUCCUGCGUAUGUAAGAGAAAACCAAGAUUUUACUGAUGAAAGAAGACUAGCGCUUGAAGAAUACCAUUCAACGGGGUACGAUGAGAGCGGAAAGCGGUUGCCUUUGGGUGAAAAUCGGGUUCGAAUGUUAGACUUCGCUUUUGUAAAGCGAAAUAACCUAAAUAACCACAGAAACGUUUGGACUGAUCAAUCGAAGAGAUGAUGCCAACAGCCUUGGGUUCAGGGAAUGCGGAGAGUUGGACGAAGACGAAAGCACAAUGAAGAUAACGACCGUAUCAUUUAAUCGCACUUACUCCACCUGCUAACUGUGUUUUCAAUGAAUCAUGUGAACGUUCCGAACUAGAUAGAUGUUUCGGUAGAAUAUCUGAAAACACUUGAUUAAGGGAUAUUUUUGUAAAAUUUCUAAGCCGAUGGGCAUGUUUUUUAAGAUCAAAACAACAUUAAAGCAAAUCUUAAAAUCAUAUUGGAUGAAGGAAAUUGGAGAAGUAUUUCAAUUGAAUGUGCUACUACUUGUAGCUUUUCGAUUGAAUAUUACCAAUUGCUAGGUUCGAGAAUAAUUUGAAAUGUUUUGUUUUAAAGAAAAGGGCACAAAUCAACUCUCAAAAAUUGGAAAAAGGACAUUGUUAUAGAAUCGAGCUAUCAGCAUACAUUUGUGGUUAUAGUUUUCGACUUAUAAAGAAACGAGUAGUGAGCUUCCGGCCAAUUCGCCACCGGGCAUCAACAUUAGAGCACUAGGCUCUCAAAUCUUCUAUAAAAUACGUGACCAAGUAAGAUCGGGUGCACAGAGACAUAGGGAUUUCUGUACUGAAGAGAGAAUGGUAACGCACCGGAUUGCACCACACAAAAUUAAGUUUAGUAAACUCAACUUUAAGGGUCGCUAAAUGAGUGCAAACCAUGAGGAUGGAUAGGAAAGAGGGCAUGGGACAAAAUGAGAAAAAUAAUCCAUUUUUUAUCUAAAUAACGUAAAACGUAUUUCGUGAAGUAUAAAACACAAAUAAAAAUAAACACACACCACACCUUGAACAAAAGUGGAGAAAAAGUAAGCUCGAAUAUAUUCCAUUCGGCAUUCGGAGGUACAUUUUAAUCGAUCGCACAUUCGCAUAUUAGACAACAAAAUGAAAAGAACGAAAAGAAUUGUAUAAGAAAGCGAAACAAAAGGAAACAAUCUAUAGGAAAAGAAAUAAAAUACCUAUUUCCUAUUCUAACUGAAUCUGUCCUCCUCUCUCUCACCCAAAUAGAGCAGAAUUCUUCUGUUUUAUCGUUAGAAUCAAUUACUACUAUUCGUACAACUUGAAAAAUCAUGAUCGUGUCCUUACUCUCGAGACGUUAUCGAGGUGAAAUUGUGGUAGAAUACACAUACCCAUAUAAUGAAGCAUGACGCAAAGCAGAGGAGCAUGGAUUUCUAAUUAGAGUGAUUACCUCGCUCUGGUGAGCUAGAAUUUGUACGAAAGAUUAAAAUAGCAAGAGCAUUUAUUAACAGCUUCAACUGUACUAUGAACCACUCCGGACAUGUUCUCGUGUAUCUGUUAAUUUAAGUACAAGGACAACCCCCCAAAAAAUCCGUGUUUAACGCGUGUCAGCCGAAAUCUAUCGAAAGAAAGGAGUAUGUACCGAUGGCAUGGAGAAGGUUUCACAGCUUGAUUCGAUGGAUUCCAGAUAACGCAUGUGCUGUUCAUCGUUUUCUUCUUAACAUAGUAAUGUGACGAAUAAAAACAGGAGUUAGUGGAAUAUUAUGGCCUCAGUAAAGCAGGCAAUCUCUGUUGUAAGAACCACAUGGAUGUACCAAACUAUGUCCCUCAGUAGGACCCUCAAAAUGCCUGUUAGAACUCGUAUUUCUUGAGCUCAUACAAAUCGAGGACAUGUGCGCGUCAAUGUAUCUUCGUUUACUCACUACUAGCACACAACACAUCCAUACACACAUGAUACAAGAUUAGCUGAUGUAAGCUGGCAAAAAAAACUUUUAGUAAAUCAAUUGUUAGA